GAACUUGAUCCCUAGCCUGAGGUCACAAUGGCCAAUGGCUGGAGCUCUGAGAAGCCAGGAAGAGCAUCAGAAGGCAGAGAGCAAACUAUGGCGUCUAGAGAACCAUGGUUGCCAUGUCCCACUCCUCUUUGACCCUGGAUGACUUCACCCAGCCAUCGCCAUCCCCUUCUCCAUCAGGGGAGGCAAGGGAGGAGAGUCUACCCUGGCACCAACGAUGCCGCCCCACAGAUGCCACCAAGGGGCUGCUUGUGGCACUGCUGGGUGGAGGCCUUCCUGCAGGCUUUGUGGGGCCCUUCUCUCGAAUGGCCUAUCAAGCCUCUCAUCUACCCUCCCUUGAGCUUCUCCUUUGCCGAUGCCUUUUCCACCUUCCCAUCGCCUUGCUCCUCAAACUACGAGGCUGUCCACUGCUGGGGCCUACAGGUAACCGACACAGAGCCUGGCUCCAUGCCCUCCUGAACGUUCUCAGCAUUGCUUGUGCCUACAGCGCUAUCCUAGUUGUACCCGCUGGCAAUGCAGCCACUGUCCGCAAAGGCUCCUCCACCGUCUGUUCUACACUCCUUGCUCUGUGUUUGGAGAGCCAACGACUCAGUAGCUAUGACUGGUGUGGCCUGGUUGGCUGCACCCUGGGCUUACUUAUCAUUGUGGGCCCAGGGUUGGGCACUCUACAGGAGGGAUCAGAAGGGGUCUACACAGCUCUUGGCUACAUGUUGGCUGUCUUGGGUGGCCUGGCCCUUGCCCUGGGGCUAUUGGUUUACAGAUCCCUGGACUUCCCUUCCAGCCUACUGACUGUGGCAUUCCUCUUUGGAAUUGUAGGGGUGAUGGGGGCCUUGCCAGGGCUCUUUCUGUUGCAGACACCUGUGUUACCCCACGACCCACUAAGUUGGAGCUGUAUCUGGGCUGUUGGGGUCCUGGCCCUGGUUUCAUUUGUAUGUGCCAGUUAUGCUGUCACCAUGGUCCAUCCAGCGCUGGUGUGUGCUGUGCUACAUUCUGAGGUGGUGGUGGCACUAAUGCUUCAGUACUAUGUACUCUGUGAGACUGUGACCCCAUUUGACAUCAUGGGGGCAGGAGUUGUAUUGGGUAGCAUUGCCAUCAUCACCGCUCAAAAUCUCAGUUGUGAUCGGGAAAGAGAGUGUUUGUAAAUAUGUGUGUGUUGGGGGGUAGGAAGUUGGGGCUUGGGAGACUUAGGACUCGGAAGUUAGUGGAGGGAGGAACUCAGGUGUAUAUAAUAUAAGGGAAGUUACUGGUGUAAUCGGGAGACAAAGAACAAGACAAUGUUGGGAAUUUGAUUGAGAUUACUGAAAAACAAAGAAUAGUUCUGGAGGACCUGAGGAAGAGAGGCUUAAAGGAAUUUAAGAGACAAAGUAGACCUGGAACAGUAGGAUUGGGGGACAAAGGGGAUGAGUCUUACAAGGCAAAGGGGCUAAGCUUUAAAGAGCAAAAGAAAUGGAAAAAAGAAGUUCAGGUUUCCAGGUGAGACAAGGGACCAAGGGCACACUUUCUGAAUGGAACAAGGCAGGUGAUCUUCAAUGAGGCUGGAGAAGGGAGACAUCCAAUCAAAGGGAGAAGUUUUAGAACAUGGUGAGGAAUAUGGGAUAGGGGGUUGUAAAGAUUGACCUGGCAAACUGGUACGUGGGAGAAACACGAUGUUGACCUCAAACAAGGAAGAAUCUAAAUGUGACUGCCCUUGGUGUCAUCUCUGCUUUGGGACUGAGGGGGGUGGGAGGGAUCAGCAAAUCCCUCUCGUAGGUCCUUCGCUGUCUCUUAAAAAUAAAAUUUCUUAGU